AUGGACGAGCAGAAGGCGAAGCAGCAACAAAUGGACGAGCAGAAGGCGAAGCAGCAACAAAUGGACGAGCAGAAGGCGAAGCAGCAACAAAUGGACGAGCAGAAGGCGAAGCAGCAACAAAUGGUCGAGCAGAAGGCGAAGCAGCAGCAAAUGGACGAGCAGAAGGCGAAGCAGCAGCAAAUGGACGAGCAGAAGGCGAAGCAGCAGCAAAUGGACGAGCAGAAGGCGAAGCAGCAGCAAAUGGACGAGCAGAAGGCGAAGCAGCAGCAAAUGGACGAGCAGAAGGCGAAGCAGCAGCAAAUGGACGAGCAGAAGGCGAAGCAGCAGCAAAUGGACGAGCAGAAGGCGAAGCGCAAGGCGACGGUGGAGAUGGCUGGGAAGCAGCAGCAGGAGAAGGUGGCAGAGGAGCGUCUGAGGAAAGGGAAGAAGGUGGAACGAGAGGAGGGGGAGGGCAUGGAGGGGUUGAGGGAGGAGGAUAAGAAGGAUAAGAAGUCGGCUGCUUCUGCUGCUACUGAUGCUGCUGCUGCUGCUGCUGCUUCUGCUUCUGCAGCUGCUGCUGCUGCUUCUGCUGCGAGGGACGAGGAGAUGAGUAAACUGAAGGAAGAGUUAAGGGCGAAACGGGAGGAUUGCAUGUAUCAUCAUCAGCAGCAGCAACAGCAGGAGAAUGACACCUUCGGUCCCCCGCCCCCGCCCCCCCCCAAGGACGCUCCAGCGAGCGUGCUUGCAUUAUACAACGGUCUUCUACGGGCGUGGGUGGUACGGAUGAAAGCUGCUGUCUCUGCCGCGGAGGAGGAGAUCGUGCGGACUGAAGGGGAGCUGACGGAAAAGAGGAAGGCGGAGGAGUGUCAAAGAAAGGCUGAGGAGGCGAAGAGGGCGAGGGAAGAGGACGUGAGGAGGAAGGAGGAAAUGGAGAGGAGGAAGGCGGAAGAGAGGAGGAAGAGGGAGGAGGAGAGUAAGAAUGAGGAGGAGGAGAGGAGGAAGGAGGAAGAGAGGAGGGAGAGGGAAGAGGAGAGGAGGAAGAAGGAGGAGGAGAGGAGGAAGGAGGAGGUGAGGAGGAAGGAGGAGGAGGAGAGGAGGAAAGAGGAAGAGAGGAGAAAGAAGGAAGAGGAGAGGAGGAGGAAGGAGGAGGAGAUGAGGAAGGAGGAGGAGAGGAAGGAGGAGGAGAGGAGGAAGAAGGAGGACGAGAGGAGGAAAGAGGACGAGAGGAGGAGGAAGGAGGAGGUGCGGAGGAAGGAGGAAGAGAUGAGGGAGAGGGAGGAGAAGAGGAAGAAGGAGGAGGAGGAGAGGAGGAAGGAAGAGGUGAGGAGGAAGGAGGAGGAGAGGAGGAUGGAAGAGGAGAGGCGGGCACAACAGAAGGCGAGGAGAGAGGAGGAGAGGAGGCGGGUGCAGGAGGAGAGGCAGAGGGCAGUGAGGGAGGAGGCAGCAGUGGAGGAGAAGAUGAAGCAGCUGGAGGAAGAGUGUCGACGGCGCCACACAGGUGUGCCAAUGACCUACGAGGAAUACUCCCGCCGGCUUACUCAGUUUCGGACCCAGGCACGGAGCGCAGGUGCCGCCUCUGUCCUUCUGCACUUCUGGGAGGUGGUGGUUUCAAAGAAGAGGCUAAGGGGAGAGGUAGAAGGUUGCAGCAGUGCGGGUGGUGGCGGCUAA